UUUACUUUUUUCGAUUCUUUUCCAUUUUAUUAUAAUAGAUAUGAAGACGAACAAUAAGAAUCCCAAACCUAACCGCAACAAGAACCAAAAGAAUGAAGCCUUAAAUACUCCAGGCAAAAUCAAAAAAAGAAUUCGUGAUGUUAAACGUACUUUGAACUCGGUGAGAGGUAAAGAACUUCCUGCUCAAGUUAUUACAGAGUCAAAAAGACGUUUGCGUGCUCUUGAAUACGAAUUGGGAGAGAAAACUAUUGACGAACAAGAGCGUACAAAUGCAUCCAAAUACCAUAAAAUAAAGCAUUUUGAACGUAAAAAGGCUGAGAGAAAAGUAAAGCAAGCUAAGAAGGAUUUACGGGAGAAUACAGAUGAGACAAAGGCACCAGCGCUUCAAGCUAAAGUAGAUGAAGCAGAAAUCAAAUUAUUAUAUACAACACAUUUCCCAAAGACAUUGCAUUAUGUAUCCCUUUAUCCUACUAAUAACCAAAAUGACGAAACUAGUGAUGCUAGAAGAGAAAGAGUAUUAAAAGACAUCAAAGAGUCAUUGUUGAAUGGAGAUAAAGACCUGUCAUUAAUGCAAAAGCGUUAUCGGGAUGAAUACAAAGAAAAGUUAAUCAAACGAGGUGUCAUUCAACCCUUGGCACCUGUAGACGAAGAGAUGACUGAGGCCAAACAAGGAUCUGAUGAUGAAAAAGACGAUUUCUUUGAAAAAGCUUAGUUGUGUAAAUAAACAAGAUUUGUUCGGUGAUUUAUUAU